UAAGUUAUUAAAUAUAAUUGUUUUAAAUAAAUUUUUUAAAAAUAUAUGUAUAACAAUUUGUUAUUAACAAAAUGUUGAUUAAAAAUGUCUUACAAUUUCGGUAUAAAUUAUACUUCAAUUUGGUCAACAAAAUACAAGUGCGAAACACAUCACAGUCUUCAGUCGGGUUCAUUGGAUUAGGAAAUAUGGGCUCAAAUAUGGCUCAAAACUUAUUAAAUAAAGGACACCGUCUGGUUGUUUAUGAUGUAUAUCCAGAAGCAAUGGCAGCGCUUGCAGAUAAAGGUGCUCUGAUAGCACACUCACCAGCAGAUGUGGCCAACAAAUGUGAUAGAAUUAUAUCAAUGUUACCCACAUGUGCUCACGUAAGACAAGUAUAUUGUGGUGAUAACGGUGUGUUAAGUCAAGUAAAAACGGGAACACUUUUGAUAGACUCGAGUACUAUCGAUCCACAGACCUCUCAACAAAUGGCAAGUGAAGCGCAAACAAAAGGAGCCGUCUUUUUGGACGCUCCCGUGUCAGGUGCAGUGCCGGCUGCCAGGGCGGCGACGCUUACAUUUAUGGUCGGCGGAAAUGCCAUCGAAGUUGAAGCGAUCAAAGACUUAUUGUUAUCUAUGGGUAAAAACGUGUUUCAUUGCGGACCCGUGGGAACGGGUGCUGUGGCCAAGAUUUGUAAUAAUAUGAUGUUAGCAAUUUCAAUGAUUGGAUUAAGUGAAACAUUAAAUUUAGCCAAAAAUCUCGGUCUUGAACCCCAACUUAUGACCAAAAUAUUAAACGUCAGUUCAGGUCGUUCCUGGAGUUCUGAAGUGUAUAAUCCGGUGCCCGGUUUAGGCCAAAAUCUUCCGGCGGGUAAUGAAUAUAAGGGAGGGUUUAUGACUCAACUUAUUACUAAAGACUUAGGUUUAGCACAAUCUUCUGCCACAAGAGUUAACUCUCCAACACCUUUGGGAACACUUUCCCAUCAAAUUUAUAGACUAAUGAAAAACAACGGCUAUUCCGAUAAAGACUUUUCCAGUGUUUAUAAGUUUUUCCAAGAUUUCGACCAAAAAAGUUAAUUUACAUAUCAAUGGAAACAAUACAUUCCUAAAGAAUCUCGUUUUAAUAUUAAAAAAUCUCUAUUUUUCAAUAAAAUUGUUAAUAAAAAUCAUUAGUUUAUAUUUCUAUCACAAUAUACAGAGAUUUAAAAU